CUUCGGUCCGGUAAACAAGUGAUUUGUUGAACGCGCUUUGACACUGUACAUAUAGUUUACUGCAAGGAAAAUAUAGUUUUUUUUUAAUAAUAAUAAUUAGUGGAAAGUCAAUAAAGAGUUGACAUUACGCGAGCUUAGAUUAUAGUGCACACAGAAAAUCCCAAAAGUUAGUGCUUGUAAAGUGUGCGUGUGUGACAUGCUAGAAUGGCUUCAUCGCAGAUCCAAAUCCGCCCGGCCAUGGGUCUCCUGACAACAGUGGCCGAUUUGCCGCCAAGCUACAAAGCGCAAUACAUUCGCCCCACAACCAAGCUCACCCCCGAAUCACCGCUUGAUUUGACUGUGAAGCAGAGCUUUGUGGGAGCAAUUACGCCACCCUUGACGCCAUCGCCGUUGAAGAAACGCUAUCGUGAGGAAAAUGAUGAGAACUAUGACGGGAAUCGAAUCAAACAGGUCAAAAUCGAACCAAAUAAUCCUGACGAAAAAGAAUCAACACCAUCGAAACCAGUCAAAACGGGUCCCAGUCAGAAGAACUCAAAGAAUCCACCCCCAAUGGGACCGAUCUCGAAAGAACGCCGUACGAAGGCAGCCAGAAAGUUGAAGUUCGACGAAGAAACAACGUCGCCCGUGUCCGGUACAAUUAUUAUCUCGUUAGAGGAGGUAAUCAACAGUGAUAUUCCUAGAGAAUCUGGCGACAUUGAUCCGCAGUUCAAUCUCGUGGAGAUAUCAGACGAAGUUCGCGCAGAGCUAGCCACUAUUCCCAACGUAAUUGGUGCCUAUAAUUGCAAACUGUGCCGCCUGGAGUUCGAAGAUGCCUUUGGUCUCGCCCAGCACCGCUGUGCUUGUAUCGUGUUGUUAGAAUAUCGUUGUCCAGAAUGUAGUAAACGUUUUAAUUGUCCGGCAAAUUUGGCCUCACAUCGUCGAUGGCACAAACCCCGAGAUCAAGUAGCUAAGAAAGGUGAUGCGGAAAAAAUAGGUGAUGAUUCUGAGUGUAAAUACCGAUGUGAGCAAUGCAACAAAACGUUCAAACGCCCUGCCUAUCUAAAGAAGCACCAGUUAACACAUAAUAAAGUUAGAAACAAACCAAAACAUAAUCAAUCAAGUGCCGAAUGCGAGCCAAACGCACCAAGCAGCGGCGAGGAGUCCAAUAAUUCUGCUGACAGUCGUAAUACGGUCUACGUAAGCCAUAUGUCCGAAGCGCCACAAACUGUGUUCACCGUCGUGGCCAGUGAACCCCCACAGCAAACUGACCUGCUUCAUCACAAUUACCACGCACUACCAUCCGGGUCAUCACCGCAACACUCUACAACCACCACUGAAUACAACACAGUAGAGGAAGACGAUGAAUACGAGGAACGCGCGCUGGUCAUCAACGAAGACUACCAGGAGCAGGAAAUAGAGGAGAUCCGGUCGGCCUACUGUGACCGAUUCACAGAGGAAGAAAACAUUGCUGCUGCUGCUUUGGCUCAUUUACGCAAUGGACCGUCAGUGAUCCGACAUACCACCGCUCUGGUUGUCUGAGUAAACGUAAAAACUCGUAAGUUGCCUGUAUCAUUUCAAUUUAUCUAGUAUACUGAAACGGUGUCCUACGGUGUUCUAACUUCGAAGUUAUUUUGAAUGAACUUUAGACUUCUAUUAUUCUGUAUAUUUGGCAAUCAAUCGAAUCAGCAUCACACCAAAUAAGACUUAAAUUUAAAACAGAGAAAAGACUGUAUAUAGCUUUAUAGAUAUAAUGCUUAUCGGAGCAUAGCUCUUGAAGAGUUUUUUGACCAAAUUUAAUUUUAUGGCGAAAACGUUUCUUUUCACAUUUAUCUCACGUGUGAUCACGCGUUUCUUUUAAAAGCUUUUGUUUGCAAUUUUCUCACGACUAUGUUUAUAGUUUGAAAAGAAACAUUCGUCCUUCAUACUUCUGUACAUUCAAUUUAAAAUUUUCUAAAAAUUUUAGAUUUUCCCAAAGAUGAGUAUCGCUCUAGUCAUUGCGUUAGGUUAUAAUAUUAGCAUUUAAAAAAUAUACCUUAUAAUUAUUUAUUUAUUCGUAUAAAAUCUCACUACCUAAUAUCUUUUCAUUACAUGUAAUCUUAGUUAAGGAGCACUACGAAUCAAUUGAACAAACUAAACAUAACAUGUACAGAUACUUAGUGUGUGUGUAUUCAUGAAAGACAAUAUGCAAAGUGAGAAUUACAUUUUUCUUCUGUUCUUUAGUUUUAUCGAAUUUUGAAGUGACAAAAGCACUAUCGCAGGUUCGGGAUUGGCUUUUGCAAUUGAGUGGAAAAUUGUGCCAUAUUUCUCCAAAAUUUAAAAAGAGCUUGUUUGAACUUGCAGUAAGGUGUAGGUUAUUAUACAAGGGUAUCGCGUAACAGUUUUUUGAUAGAUUUACAACGAGUCUACUCUAGUCGCCCGCAAAUACGUCUAGUCAAAACACUUAGUCUCCUAAUGCUUAUCAUUCAUAUUGCAAAUAUUUUCUAUUCUUUUGUAUUAUAAUGAAACAAAAUUACAAAUUCUGUUGUCAGUUUUUGAGAGAUUCUGGACUUAAUGAUUCUACGCCGAUGAUUUGACAGUAUAAUUUUUCGGUACUAGUUUAACCGUCAUUACCUAGUCUCAAAAUUCUAGUCCCUUUAUACUCUAGUCAGCGACGUUUUUAACAGUUUAGUUUAAAAAACGAUCACAAAUCAGUAUAGGUAACAUGGCAUGCUUUCAUAUGAUCUCCAAUGUCUAUAUUAGGAAAAACCUAAACUGGUUCCCUAGUCAUCGAAACAUUCUAGUCGACUAAAUUAUUCAAAUUUUCAAAAAUGCAACACCCAAAUACUAUUUUUACUCUGCAUAUUUUUAUACGAUUUCAAUAAUUAUUAUUUACUCGAAGUGAAAAUGAAUGGUUGGUUUUUAUUAGUCUCCACAACACCGAUGAAGAACCAUUUUAAUUCAUUACUAGGUAGGAUAGUGUUUAAGAAUUAUUUCAAACAAUUGUGUACAUUCAGAUAAUACAUCCACUGCUACAUAUGAGUUCAUAACAUUUACACAUUACGUUAUUGUAUUCUUAACUAACUUAUGUCACUUAACACCAAAAUAUGGCAUCGAAGUAGAACACCGUUUGCCUCCUAAGGAAACCGAACAAUCAUGUUAGCUUAGCUUAGAAAUCGGAAACGAACAAAUAACAACAAAUCAUCAUUCAAAUAACGAAACGCAUUACGUUUUAAAUCUAAUAAAAUGAAAUGUGAUAUUAGGGAAGUAAGUUUUUACCGAAGCCGAAUCUUUACACACGUACACUUUUACAUGUUUCAAAUAUUGCUUUUAAAAGGUAGUAACGGCAUACACAUCUAGUAAAUUUUAAGGUUAGUUGUAAAGCAAAAAAAAUAUUUUGUAUCUUUUAUGGCUAAGAGUUUGAAAUAAAUUAUUUAUUGCGAAGAAA